CUACCCAUCGAAACGCACCGGUUCGUUCCUGCAGUGAUAGACGUCAACGGGAGAGCGAGGAUGAGGAAGACGGUGCUGGCGCUCUUCCUCGCAGUACUGCAGGGGUUCCCCCCCGGGGAAACGGCCCCGAACCCGUCGCCGCUGGUCGGAUCCAACUGGGGGAACCCGCGGAGAUACAUCCACCUGCAGACGUCCACUGACCUCAACAACUUCUACUUGGAGAUCAGACUGGACGGCACAGUCCGCAGAACAACGCGCAGGAGUUCAUGCAGUGUGAUUUUACUGAAAGCGGAAACAAGGGAGCGCGUUGCCAUCCUCGGAGUGAAAAGUAGCCGCUACCUGUGUAUGGAUGUGGAGGGAAACCCGUUCAGCUCGCCCACCUGCCUCAGGGACAACUGUCUGUUCAACCACAGACUCCUGGAGAACCACCGGGACGUGUACUUCUCCAGCCGGACAGGCAUCCUGUUCAACCUGGAGGGCUCCCGCCAGGUGUUCUCGGCGGACCAGAACCUCCCGCAGACCUCCCUCUUCCUGCCCAAGAGGAACACGGUGCCGCUGGCGCGCCUCCUGCUGCAGCGGGAGAAGAGGAACCAGGUGGUGGAUCCCUCGGACCCGCACAACGUCUACCUGGGUCGGACCGAGGACGGCUCGGACUCUCGGGCCGUUGCGGAGGACGACGCCGAUCUGGAGGUGGAGGCGGAGGUGGAGGUGGAGGUGGAGGCGGAGGCUGAGGCGGGGAUCGGGGACGACGUGCGCAACGUGUCCCGGGAAACGCCGGUGGGCCCGUCCACCCACGACCCGUGGAACGUGCACUCGUCCAACCCGGCCAGCCCACAGAGCACCGGGACCAUGGGCUGAUGGCGAGGGGGGGUUCACCGGGUAGGGUUUAAUUCAGUUUAACCUGAUCAUAAACUGAGAAACUUAGAGGAUGUCUUAAUGUUAUGUUAUCUAUAUUUAUAUCUAACUUUUCUGAGUUUAAUUUAGAAGAUGACUUAAAAAAAAAAAAA